AUGGAGAGAGAGCCUGGGGAAAGAAUGAACAUGCUUGAAACCAACAAAUGCGCCUUGAGCGUUGAGGCGCCCCCGUUGAGCGCCAACACGCCAUGGGGAAUAGUGGACGAAGCCAUCGAUGUGGGCUGUUGGUUUGUGGACAGAGUGUUGGAGGAGGAGCCUGCGACAUGCAGCAAGGUCUCGCAAGGCUGCCUUCUGCGGGUGAAGAAGGCUGACGACGCCGUCGAAAAGGAGGCUCCCCAAGUAGCAGGAAUGCAAGUUUCCAAACCGCUCUUGGCUCAAGUGGGCGCCCCCGCCUGCCAGGGUCCUGGUGGUGGCUCCCACGCUCCUCCCAAGCCCGAGCCUUCGGGGCUUUGCACCGCCUGGGCAACGCGCGCUGUCAUGGAGUCGCAGCGCCCGCACCACAAACGGCAUUAUCCCUCGGCGCUGCUGUGCUUUUUUGGACGCCCCCAUCCGACAAACCCGACCGAGCCCUCGACUCCCCGCGUCGACUCGACAGCCGCCCCGGCGCUGCCCCCGACGCCCGACGCACUUGGACCCGCGUUACGUUUGCAUUCCGUCAAACCGCGCAGAACCAAGGGCAAGGUGACAGCGAUCGACUCGGCGGCUGCUCAACCCCCGAACAGCGACGCCACCAUCCCGCAUAUUUCCGUCGCCCGACCGAGAGUGAAGCCAAACCACGCCCAACCGGUCCCCAAAACUCUUUGCCGCCGCCGCGAGACGACCCUCGUCGUCGCUCGCGCUGUCGAUUCCACUCGCUGCCUCGCCGCCCCGUAA